CCCAUUUGAAAUUCGUGAAUCACUUGCAGCUUAUCACAAAAUCUUCUCUCUCUCUCUCUUCUUGUUUUUUCAAAUAAAUCUUAUUUAAUAUAAUAUUUCAAUUAAAAUUAUUUAAACUCAAAUUUAUUUAUAACAUAUAAUUUAUUUUUCACAAAUAAUAAAAAAUAAAUUACAUAUGUAUGGUCCAAAACGCGACAGCUGCAUAACCGUUUUUCUUUUCCAGUUGCCCUCCUUUUUUAAAAGGUAUGGAAAUUAUGAAUAAUUACAUCACAUAAUAAUAAUAAUAAUAAUAAUAAAAAUCUUAAUCUACAAUUUAAAUAAUUUUGGUGGAUUACCUAAAGAUCUCUCUUCAUUGUUUGAUUGGUGGAGUAAUGUUAUGCAUUUGAGUGGUGCCGUGUACGCAGUCGGAAUUGCCACGGAGUUUAAGCCGAAUUCAGUUUUUGAUUGAUUUUUAGAGGAUCUGCUCUUCGUUUCAGCUUCGAGAUUUCGGCAAUUGAAGCCACUAGCAAUCUAGGGCUGUUUUUGCUGACAAUUCAAUUGCAGUUGUGAGGCUAUCGCAAAUGAGCAUUACAUAAUGAGGUGGGAGUUCCGCUGGGAUUGUUGUCAAUGGGCAACUCUGACAAUAAAAGAUCUGAUUUUGUUGAUAUAGUUAAGUCCUGGAUUCCUAGGAGGAGUGAACCAGCGAAUGUGUCAAGGGACUUUUGGAUGCCCGACCAGAGCUGUAGGGUAUGUUAUGAGUGUGACUCCCAGUUCACCAUAUUUAACCGUAGGCAUCACUGUAGACUUUGCGGUCGAGUUUUUUGUGCCAAGUGUACUGCAAGCUCAAUUCCUGCCCCAUCCGAGGACCCAAGGACAGGCAGUGAAGAUUGGGAGAGGAUCAGGGUAUGUAAUUAUUGCUUCAAGCAAUGGCAACAAGGGACAACAGCCGUUGAUAAUGGGACCAAUGUGGGUAGCCCUGGGCUCAGUCCAUCACCAUCUGCAACAAGCUUGGUCAGCAGCAAGUCCUGCUGCACAUGUAACAGCAGCAGCACUGUUGGUUCAACUCCUUGCUCGAGUGGGGCUUACCAGAGUGUGCCAUAUAGCUCUGGUCUUAGUCCUCAACAAUCUGCUCCAAUGGAUCGAACUGUGGUUGAACAAGAAAAUUUAACGUGUGGAAGGAGCUCAGAUGCUCCUGCAGCUGCUUUCUGUUCAUCUGCAAACCAGUUUGGCUAUUGCAUGAGUAGGAGUGAUGAUGAGGAUGAUGAAUAUGGUGUUUAUCAUUCAGGUUCAGGAACGAGGCAUUUCUCUCAUGCUGAUGGUUAUUAUGGGCCGGGCACUGUUGAUGAUAUUGACCACAUGUAUGAACCAUGUGGAAUAAUGCAUGAAGAUCAAAUCGAUAGAAGCAUAAGUUGUCCACCAUUAUCUGAGAAUUUUGAUACUCAGGUCGUGGACAAAAUUAAGAAUGACGGGGAAGAAGCUUAUAGACAUGAUUGCAAUGAGUGUGAAUCUCCUUCUUAUGGUGUGAAUGGUGCUGAUGCUGAACCUGUUGAUUUUGAGAACAAUGGGCUACUCUGGCUCCCUCCAGAACCAGAAGAUGAAGAGGAUGAGAGAGAAGCUGUUUUAUUUGAUGAGGAUGACGGUGAUGAAGCUACAACUGGCGAGUGGGGUUAUUUACGCCCUUCAAACAGCUUUGGUAGUGGCGAAUACCGCAGUAAGGAUAAAUCAAGUGAAGAGCACAGGAAGGCAAUGAAGAAUGUGGUGGAGGGGCACUUUAGAGCUUUAGUUGCACAGCUUUUGCAAGUUGAAAAUCUAUCUGUGGGUGAUGAAGAUGACAAUGAAAGUUGGUUGGAAAUAAUUACAUCUUUAUCCUGGGAAGCUGCUACCCUUCUUAAGCCAGAUACAAGCAUGAGUGGAGGAAUGGAUCCUGGUGGAUAUGUAAAGGUUAAAUGCAUAGCCAGUGGGCGUCGUAGUGAGAGUAUGGUGGUUAAAGGAGUUGUCUGUAAGAAAAAUGUGGCUCAUCGUCGAAUGAUGUCAAAAAUAGAUAAACCCCGCUUUCUAAUCCUUGGGGGAGCUUUGGAGUAUCAGCGUGUAUCUAACCAUUUGUCAAGUGUUGAUACUUUGUUACAGCAGGAAAUGGACCAUUUGAAGAUGGCAGUUGCAAAGAUUGAUGCUCAUCACCCUAGCGUUCUUUUGGUAGAGAAGUCGGUUUCCCGAUAUGCUCAAGACUACCUUCUGGCAAAAGACAUUUCCCUUGUUUUGAAUAUUAAGAGGCCACUUUUAGAGCGGAUAGCCCGAUGCACUGGUGCACAUAUAGUCCCUUCAAUUGAUCAUCUCAAUUCACAGAAACUUGGUUACUGUGACCUGUUCCAUGUGGAGAAAUUUCUCGAGGAGCAUGGCAGCGCAGGGCAAGGUGGGAAGAAGUUGACUAAGACGCUGAUGUUCUUUGAGGGUUGUCCAAAGCCUCUGGGUUUCACUAUUUUGCUCAAGGGUGCCCAUGGAGAUGAUUUGAAGAAGGUGAAACAUGUGGUCCAGUAUGGGGUUUUUGCAGCUUAUCACUUGGCACUAGAGACUUCUUUUCUGGCUGAUGAGGGUGCUUCACUUCCAGAGCUCCCUUUGAAGUCUCCAUUAACUGUUGCAUUACCUGAUAAACCGUUAAGCAUCGACAGGUCCAUUUCUACUAUACCUGGUUUUACUGUCCCAGGAACUGGAAAGCUGUCAAGUUGUCAACCUCCAAGCGAAGUACAGAAAUCAAACAAUGAUGUCAUCUCAGAUGUGCCCUCACCUACCAAUUUUGAGCUUGUUUGCAAGUCAGGAUAUGCUGAUUCUACUUCUCCAUCAAAUAGUUCUCAAAUUGAGUACAGGAACCUUGGCUCAAACUCAACUGAACAUGCUGGUUCCUGGACUUCUUUGUCUCCUCUUGGGCAGAACACCUCAGGUCCUUGCCAUAACAAGCUAUUCUCUGAUCAUGUCCCUGGGAAGGAUUAUAUGACAGAAGCUGAAGAAUUGUUUCAGGGCAAAAAAGCCAACUCUGAUAGUCCUUCAUAUUAUACAUCUUUGGAACAAGGUACUGGUAGUGGCCAUGCUGAUGAAAAUGUCUUAGCAGUAAAGCAAGAUGGUAACAAUCAUGAAGAGAUUGGAUCCUCAAAGGAGGAUUUUCCUCCAUCACCUUCAGACCAUCAGAGCAUUUUGGUGUCGUUAUCAACAAGGUGUAUAUGGAAAGGAACUGUGUGUGAACGGGCACAUCUUUUUCGAAUCAAAUACUAUGGGAGUUUUGAUAAACCUUUGGGGCGUUUUUUACGCGAUCAUCUUUUUGAUCAGAAUUACCGCUGUCGUUCAUGUGAGAUGCCAUCAGAAGCUCAUGUUUAUUGUUAUACUCACCGGCAAGGCAGCCUUACCAUAUCUGUUAAGAGACUACCAGAGUUUCUUUUACCAGGGGAGCGUGAAGGCAAAAUUUGGAUGUGGCACAGGUGUCUACGAUGUCCACGUAGCAAUGGCUUUCCUCCAGCCACCCGAAGGAUAGUGAUGUCUGAUGCUGCCUGGGGUUUGUCCUUUGGGAAAUUUUUGGAGCUUAGCUUUUCAAAUCAUGCAGCUGCAAGUAGGGUUGCUAGCUGUGGUCAUUCGCUUCACAGAGACUGUCUUAGGUUUUAUGGAUUUGGGAGAAUGGUUGCUUGCUUUCGCUAUGCUUCAAUUGAUGUUCAUUCAGUUCAUCUUCCACCAUCAAAACUUGAAUUUAACUAUGAUAAUCAAGAGUGGAUUCAAAAAGAAGCAAAUGAGGUGCGUCAAAGGGCUGAACUUCUGUUUACAGAAGUGCAAAAUGCUCUUCAUCGGAUUUCAGAGAAAAUAUUAGGUGAAGGAUCACAGAAUGGUGACAUAAAAUCAUCUGAAUUAUCAAGAUUUCAUGUAGCAGAACUUAAAAGUAUACUGCAGAAGGAGAAAGCAGAAUUUGAGGAGUCCUUAUUGAAUACACUAUCUAAGGAAGUGAAAGUUGGCCAUCCAUUGAUUGAUCUUCUUGAGGUUAAUAAGUUAAGGAGGCAGAUACUCUUCCAUUCAUAUGUUUGGGACCAACGCCUGAUUUAUGCAGUUAGUUUAAGCAACACCAAUCAUCAAGAAAGUAUGAGGAACUUUAUUCCAAAACUCGGGGGAAAACGGAUCAACUCUGUUGAGAGCCUUGUUGAGAUGGAUACCUCUCCUAAGCCUGGAAAAGGUUUUAGCAAUUGUGAUUCUGUUAUUGUGCAUACAAAGCCUGAGCUAAAUCUUAAUCAAGGAGGAAAUGAUGGCUCUUCUCGCCAGUCAGUCAGAGUACAUGAAGGGGGCAACAUACGUCUGGACCUGAAGCUGAAGGAUUCUGAACAUUGUCUUUCUUCUUGUGAAAAUAGCAAUGAGAAAAUUGACCCUUCAGAAUCUGGAAAUGUUAUGCGAAGAGUUCAUUCAGAGGGUGAGUUUCCAAUUGUGGAUAAUUUAUCCGACACACUUGAUGCGGCAUGGACCGGCAAAAAUCACUUGGAAAGUAUGAUACUUAAGGAAAAUGGUGUCUCUCUUCCUGAUUCAAGUCCAGUACAUUCAGUUGUUCCAAAUGUAGAAUUGGAACGUUGUAUUGUUGACAAAGGUGGGAUUGAUGUUGUUCAUUCUCUUGAUUCUGCAUUAGGUGCAAAGGUGCCUCAAAAUGUUGAAAACUCAAGUGGGUUGGGAACGCCUUUUCCUAAUUUAUACAGUUCAUUCAAAAGAACUUCUUCAUUAAAUGCUCAAAAGCUUGGUAUUAAUGAGUACAAUCCUGUUUAUGUCUCACUUUUUAGAGAUUUGGAACGGCCAAACAAUGCUAGGUUGCUUCUGCCUGUUGGCGUUAAUGACACUAUUAUUCCUGUAUUUGAUGAUGAACCCACUAGCAUUAUAGCAUAUGCACUUGUCUCAUCUGAUUAUCAUCUCCAGAUGUCUGAGCUUGAAAAACCAAAAGAUGCUGGGGAGACUACAAUUUCACUGCCACUCUUUGAUUCAGUAAAUCUACUCUCGUUCAACUCUUUUGAUGAAUCGGCUUCUGAUAUUUACAGAAGUGUUGGGUCUAUUGAAGAAAACAUCCUGUCCAUACCUGGAUCCCGAGGCACUCAAAUUUUGGAUCCUCUCUCAUACACCAAGGAUUUGCAUGCCAGAGUUUCUUUUACAGAUGAUAGUGUUCAAGGAAAAGUGAAAUAUAUGGUGACUUGUUACUGUGCAAAGCGGUUUGAGGCCUUAAGGAGGAUUUGUUGCCCUUCUGAGUUAGAUUUCAUACGAUCUCUUAGUCGCUGUAAGAAGUGGGGAGCCCAGGGUGGCAAGAGCAAUGUUUUCUUUGCUAAAACUUUGGAUGAUCGCUUUAUCAUCAAACAGGUUACAAAAACAGAGCUGGAGUCAUUCAUCAAAUUUGGACCAGCAUAUUUUAAGUACUUAUCUGACUCGAUCGGUAAUGGAAGCCCAACUUGCCUGGCAAAGAUACUUGGUAUUUAUCAGGUUUCAUCAAAACACCUAAAAGGAGGGAAAGAAACCAAAAUGGACCUUCUGGUAAUGGAGAAUCUCCUAUUUAAGCGAAAUAUUGUACGGCUUUAUGACCUUAAAGGAUCUUCCCGAUCGCGAUAUAAUUCAGAUACAAGUGGGAGCAACAAAGUUUUGCUGGACCAGAAUUUGAUCGAAUCAAUGCCAACUUCUCCAAUUUUUGUAGGAAAUAAAGCAAAGCGUUUGCUAGAGAGGGCUGUUUGGAACGAUACUUCAUUUCUUGCAUCUAUUGAUGUAAUGGAUUACUCGCUAUUGGUUGGCGUGGACACUGAAAGGCACGAGUUGGUAAUCGGGAUCAUUGAUUUUAUGAGACAAUAUACGUGGGACAAGCAUCUCGAGACCUGGGUGAAGGCGUCAGGCAUCCUUGGCGGGUCUAAGAACACGACUCCGACUGUGAUCUCACCCCAGCAGUAUAAGAAACGAUUCAGAAAAGCAAUGACAGCGUAUUUUCUUAUGGUGCCGGACCAGUGGUCUCCCUCUACAAUAGUCCCCAGUGAGUCUCAUUCAGACCUUUGUGAGGAACGCUUGCAAGGUCAACGUGGUGCAUCUGUUGAGUCAUAGUGGUGCCCCUUUUGCUUGUACAUGCCAGGAUGUAAGAUGCUUUUUAAUUUCCCCCCUUCUUUCGCUUAGUUGCACCUAUAUUUUUUUUUCUUUCUUUUCUAUUGUAAUUUUUGGUGGUUUACCACGUUAUGUCAUCUUCAUAUAGCACAAGUUAUUUUCAUAGAACCUUUUCCUUAGAAAUUUUUCAUCAAGGAAAUGUGCAAAAGUGACUUAUUUUUGGGCAAUGCA